AUGAAUGACUUUUUGGUUAUUGAAAACUACCAAUUUGAUGGGGUGUCUAAAGCAGGUCAUAAGACUUGUGUAAUACUUCGAACUCUCAACUUGGCUUUCGACAUGGGCAAGUGCCCUGAACUAGCUGUCUCUCAAGUUUCAUCUUCAGUUCUUACGCAGGGUUAUGUAAUUUAUGAACGGAAACCAAAGCUUAAGCCCAAGUAUCUUGGUCUUCCACAAAAGGAAAAAGCCAAGUUGAAAUUAUCAGGUGUCGAGAUAGACUAUUUGGUAGAGUCACCUGAAGUAGGUUUUACGGGAGACACUACUGCAGACUUCAUUGUUAAUAAAGAUAAUGUUGACGUGUUGAAGGCAAAGAUCCUCAUUAUGGAGAGUACAUAUCUUGAUAAGACAAAGCCUGUCGAGGAUGCAAGAGAGUAUGGCCACACACAUUUGUCUGAGAUAAUCGAUUAUGCAGACAGAUUUGAGAAUAAAGCAAUCCUGCUGAUCCACUUUUCACGUCGUUACACUUUGGAUGAUAUUGAAAAAGCUAUUUCUGCAUUGCCCCCGUCUUUGGCAGGGCGUGUUUUUGCACUAAAAAAAGGAUUCGAUUAUUCUUCUAAGAAACCAAACUCAUCACUCCAGAAUACCGGAAGCAGUUUGUCGGGAAAGAGUGAGUUCAUUGAUUCACGAGGUGCAGUCGUGCAGAUAAUUCCCCCCCCAGAGAGGAUGUGGAUGCUGGAGCAAAAAAUCUAGAUAUCCACAACAAAGCCAUCGAAGAAGAAGCAAGAAAACUGGUCACAGAAAAUAUGGUUGGAUCAAGUUCAAAGUCAGACUUGGACAAUAACAUUCAUGCCUCCAAAUCCCAGUGACACCGAAUGUUUGAUAGAUCAACUACUUUCAGAUUUUUGGGGUAUCCGGAAUUUUGCAAUACGUUAUCCGAUACCCGAACAUCCCUAUAACUAUUAA